UCCGGAUCUGCAUAAGCGUAAGCGCAGCGACUCGACCGCCGUUCGUUUAUAAGCCCCUCCCUGAGAAGUGGCGACCACCGCGACGACCGUCCCGGAGUUAAUAACACAGGGAAAAGGAAGUCACGCGAUUGAGCUGCCCGGUGAGCUAACAGCAACGACUGGAGCAUGGCUGACGAAGAAUCUGACAUAUCUAAAAGGGGCGAUACCCCAGGGGACAGCAAUGCCGACGGCAAAGUGCCAGAUGAAACCAAAUGUGACGACGUCGAUAAAACUUCGAUCACGACAACCACCACGAAGAACGCUUUAAUAACGACGCAGCUGGGACCGUGCGACGCUUAUCCGCAUCCUGUUAAAGUUUCGAUCGUCGGUACAAGAAAGGUUGGAAUGGCUUGCGCUAUCGCAAUUCUAAUGAGGCGUAUAGCAAGUGAGGUCUGUCUGAUCGAUCAAAACUUGGACAAGGCUUCCGCCGAGGCCGAGGACAUUCAGCACGCUGGUAUCUUUCUGGGAUGUCCGCUGGUGAUUGGCACGUCAGAUGUCUACAAGGUGAAAGACUCGGCGGUGGUAGUAAUCGCGGUUUGUGAAAAGAAAGCCGAAGAGGAAUUGAACGUGAAGCACAACAUCGAGGUGUUCAAGAAGAUCGUCCCCACAAUCGCAAAAUUGGCCUGCAAGGCAGUGUUACUAGUUGUAACUCAGCCGAUCGACGUGAUGUCGUACAUCACCUGGAAGUUGUCCAAGUUUCCCGCGAGUAGAGUGCUUGGCACGGGGACUCUGCUCGAUAGCUGCAGGUUUCAGGAUUUACUGAGUCGGAAGUUGGGGCUGGCGCGCACGUCGAUCAACUGCAUGAGUAUCGGCGCGCAGGGCGACACAUCUGUUCCUAUAUGGUCGAGCGUUCACGUGGCGGGUACUAAGAUACGCGACAUAAACCCACGAAUGGGCGAGGCGGAUGAUCCCGAGAAGUGGCGUGACAUUUCCGAAGCUGUAAAUAAAACCGACACGGAGCUUAAUCGGAAGAAGGGCGAGAGAGGGCCGGGCUGCUGGGCUCUCGGCUUCUGCACCGCCGAGAUCGUCGAUGCCAUCGUCAGGAACACUAAAGCUGUAUUGCCAGUGUCGACGUAUAUACAUAGUUGCGCCCACGGGACCGAUAAAGAUGUAUAUAUGUCGGUGCCCUGUGUUCUCGGUCGGGAAGGUGUGUACGCCACAGUGCGACAGAAGCUGAAUGAUCAGGAAAAGACGGCGGUACAACGGUGUGCCGACAGCAUCCGCAGUGUGCUGCGUGAGUGCGGCAUUCUACGUGAGACAAGCGACAUUGAGGAUCGAACGAUGUACGGCGGAAAGCGGAAGAGCGUGUCGGAUAUGACCGAAGCAAGAAGGAAAUCACCUGAGGUUGCCGGCAGCACGGUAACUGUUUUACUGGCGAAACAGGCGGAACAUCUUGUGGAUGGUCAUCGUGUCAAGGUCGUCGUCGUUGGCAGUGCGCCCAAGGGUGUCGCGGUCGCUAUAGCGAUUCUAUUCAAAAAUGCGAUACUCGGCCUGAUGCUCUCAUUGCGUAACGAUUCGAAGCGCAUAAUAACACUGCCCGCCGGGCAGCGACCAGUUGCCGUUAAUUACUCUCUAGCUUCUCUGCCUGCUACCCCGUUCUAUCGUUCAUCCCUCUGUGAUUUUUUGUUGUUGUUGCAGCGCCUCGCCUCCGAGCUGAUCCUUAUAGACGCGAACGAGGAUCUCGCUAAGGCGGAAGCAGAAGACAUCAGCCAUGCGGCGGCGUACCUCGGCAAUCCCAGGAUUGUCGGUACCAAAGAUUAUGCUUGUGCCAGAGACGCAGCGGUAUGCGUGAUCACAGUUGGAAGCCAGUCUCGUGAAGAUCAGCAGCCGGCCGAUUAUCUGGAGCAUAAUCUGAAAAUUUUCAAGGACGUCAUUCCGAACGUAUCCAAGUACGCGCCGAACAGCGUUCUUCUCAUUCUUUCGAAGCCAGUUGACAUUCUGUCGUACGCAGCUAUGAAGCUGUCUGGAUUUCCACCAAAUCGUGUUAUAGGACUAGGAACAUUUCUAGACAGCUGUCGAUUUCAGUACUUUAUCGCUCAAAAGCUCGGAAUUUCAGCAAGCGCGAUUCAAGCGUUAAUCAUUGGCGAGAGCGGACCGGCUUCUGUCCCGGUCUGGUCUGCUGUCGCGGUAAUGGGUAUGUCUUUAAAAGAUAUAAACAAAGAGAUCGGCACAAAAACGGAUCCAGAAUCCUGGGGUGACUUACACACGAAAGUCGUCAAUAGCGAUAGCGAAUUAAUCAUCAAGAAAGGCUAUCACAGCUGGGCAGUCGGAAUCUGUGCAGGCGAAAUUGUUGAUGCUAUAGUGCGCAAUACUUGCGCUUGUUUUACUGUCUCUACGUUCGUGAAGGGUUGCCGACACGGACUGGAAAAGGAUAUUUUUAUGUCAUUACCAUGUGUAGUAGGAAGAAACGGCGUACAGUCCUUUAUUCGUUUGUUGUAUACAUCUAAGGAGCAAGAAUUGUUGACGGUAUCCUGCAGAAGAAUUUAUGAUGCGCAAAAAUUGAUCCUCGACAACAUUGAAUAA